AUGUUAAUAUCAGCCAUUGGAGAUUGUGUUCAGCUACUUAAUGCAACACUUGCACGUGUUCUUGCAGCGGGUUUCGACAUUGAUCUUACACGUACAUCAUCUGUAUUAUGUAAACUACGACAAUAUUCUUAUGGAGGAACUGUUGGAGUUGUAUUAACAUGUGAUUGGUUAUCGGUUAUUGAUCAAUAUCUAGUUACAUCACGUAGUGCCCGUUUACGACAACUGAGUACUAUGAAGUUAGCUUAUCGUGUUAGUUUUGGUGUUAUUGUUUUUUGGGCUCUUCACAGUAUACCGUUCCUCAUCUUCACAAGUAUACGAAAUAUGCGUAUGUUACAGAAUAAUCGUCAGUUGCAAGGUGCUGAUCGACAACUGACUUUAAUGGUUUGUGCACAAGUGGGACUGAUUCUUAUUAGUACAGUACCAUAUGCAAUCUAUUAUGCAUAUUCAUUAAACACAGCUUAUCAGAACAAAACUAGUGAACAAAAAGAUAAAGAAAAUUUUAUUGCAAACGUUAUAGGUAUGACCGCUAGUUUUGAGUUUGGAGGUAGCUUCUAUUUAUUUCUUGCUGUUUCAAAACGCUUUCGUCAACAAGUAAAACGAUGUAUUUGUUGGUUUAGGAAACGAAGAAAUAUCGUAGUACCCAGAACAGAAGCAAUUCAGACAAUAAGUGCCAAUCCAGCAACAAAACAAUAA